CCCAACACCAUGUCUGACUCUGAAAGUGAGACGGAUUAUAGGUCGUCCGUUGAGCGUAACCUAGAUGAGGUAAUUGAUACUGUUAAGUAUCUCGCUGAGACCCUUGAUUCGGAUAAUUAUAAAGAUGUCUAUAACCCAUAUUCGAAACACUAUAGAAUUGAUGAUUUGCGAAUUCACCUUACCGAGAAACGGGACUAUAUCAAAGAGAAAGCUGAUGAAACCAAGGGUAACAUGGCUGCUGGCGAAGAUGUGAUUGAGAAAGUGGAGCAGUUGAUGGCACUGAAUAAGAAAAUAAGAGACCAUGUCGAGGGCCGUCAGAGUUAUCCAGGCAAUAUUAAAACCGCGAUGAACGAAAUCGGUCCAGAGCUUAAGCGCUAUACGAUAUUCUUGGAGGAUGCUAUAUACCCACAGGGCUGGGAUAAAAGCCCCUGGACGGACCGUAUCGUGGCCGCCUUCAACAAUUAUGCUCCGGACGAUUUAAAAUUCAAGAAUGAUGGAACAGAGUUUAUCUCUGAUAAUUAUAAAUGAUUGACAGGAAGAUAUAUUUUGGGGUUGUGAUCUCUCGGUUCAUUUGCAAAGAUUUAUAUCCUGUAAACUCUGCCUUCCUGUAUCAGAGCUCUUGGCUGAGGCUUAGUUCUCACUGUGCCUGCUAAUUUCAGAUAGCUGGUUUCAUAACAUUCCUGAAAUCCAAGGUGCGAUCUCAACAGCAUGUUAUAUUUCAGUGUAAGAUGACAAGUAGCCCCAAGAUCCACCCUAGAUUUACAGUCAUGUUGUGUUAUCUUCCCAAAGCAGGAAUUGAUUCAUUACAAG